AUCGCUACCACCAGCACACGGCUGUCCAUGUGAUCUACACCUGGGGUCACUGCAUUGCCAUGUCGCUGCAAUACAUAGAAGACUUCUCGUCUUCCUAUGCAUCGUCAUCAUCAUCAUCGUCGCCUGCAUCGCCCAGUCCGCCCUCACCCAUCCUCACCGUCCAAUGGGCCACCACCAACGUCGUACUCACGGGCCACCUCGAUGGUACCCUCUGUGCCUUCGACGCCAACAAUGGCACUCUUUUAGCUCAGAUCAAGGCUCACACCGAGUCUCUUCACUCAUUGACCAUCGAUGAGCGGGGUGAGACGGCGCUGAGUAGCUCCAUCGACAGUAGCGCCUCCCUCUGGUCCCUGCGGGAAUUGGAGACCAAGGCAGCCUCGAGCAAAGGAGCGGCACAGCGCAUUGUCCCAGGGGAGGAUGGAGAGGAGCUCCUGACGACCUCAGAGCCAUCAUCGAUGGAUCUACAGCCAAUCAAGAGUAUCACAGCUAUUCUGGACACAGAAGGCCAGCCCCUGGACCUUCCCACUGCAGCCCUCCAUCCCUCCGGCCGCUUCUUCGCAGCCGCCGGAUCAGGAGCAGUCCUCUCGCUCCACUCUGCCGGGCAAGCUGACUUCGGCGAGCUCCUCUGUUCCAAUCCAUACGAGCCUGCCUCUUCAGCAGCACCUCCACCUUCAGUCUAUGCACUGAGCUUCGCCUUUUCCCCCUCUGGCAAGUACGUCGCCAUGGGCACCGAUUUCGGGCAUGUACACCUCUUCUCCAUCGUUCAGUCCUCUUCAAGUUCCCCUCCAACCCUCUCGAGAGUGGCACUCUAUACCUCACACGCCCUCCCCAUCCGAUCCCUCGCAUUCGAUUCGUCCUCCACUGGCGGCGACAAUCACCUCUUUGUCGGAAGUGACGACCGACUCGUAACACUCUACGAUGUCGCCUCUCUCUCCUCCUUGGGCUCCAGCUCGAGCUCCGGCUCCGCACUCAAGAUCCUAACAAACCCAGUAUCAUUCCUACAAGGCCACAAAGGAUCCAUAGACCAUCUCGCCCCCGUUCCCGUGGCAUCCACUUCCUAUAUGCGUAAGCACAACAGCGCCAACAGUAGUAGAGCAGGCAAAUCGCGCCCCCCUCUCCUCCUCGCGACGACCAGUGUGCAGGACGGGUUUAUACGUCUGUGGGAUUUAGAUCAGAGGCCGAAGAGGAGCGUAUGUGUUAUUCGAGCUGGAGGAGAUGUGACCACUGCCGCUGCCACGGCGCCGUCUGCGCUGCCCAAUGGGGACUCAGUGGAGAGCAAUGGCGAGGUGAAUGGAGAAGCCCCCGGGCAGAGCACCACGACCACGACUACUGCGUCGUCGUCGUCGUCGUCAGCCCCGUCUUCUAUGGGACCCAGAGGUGCGACCAGUCUAGCUUGGCGUCCUCUUCCACUCUCACGGGACUCUGAUGCAGGAUUCGAGGCAGCAACGGCGGCGGGCUCGGCCUUUGUGGCUGGAGGGACAGAUGGGGUGCUUAGGUGGUACAGGGCUAGUGGGACUGGUGGGGACUUGUAGUCCCCCUCAAGUAUCAUUACGAUUGCCAGCUGGUGGAGAAUUUCGCUCACAGUCGCUCGUCAACGAGUAAUGCAAUGGAAUUGGUUUAGCAUUUGCA